AUGGCCAGUUCUGCAGCUAAUUCAUUGGGUAAGCGAAAGUCGGAAGAUGAUUUGGAGGCCAAACCGAUUCUGAAGAAAAACAAGGAAAAUUCCGAGGACAAGGAGACAAAUUCUGAUCAGGCUAAGAAACCUCUCGCCUGUAAAAAGACGCUCUUCAUUGGAAUUCUCCCUCCCAAAGCUGAAAUAUCAGAUAUCAUUGAUUUCUUCAAAGAUGUUGGACAAGUGGUCCGUGUUCGACGUCUUGUAAACAAUCAGGCUAAUUAUAGGUGUAGUGGCUUUGUUGAGUUUGCUACGCAUAGGGAAUCAAAGAUGGCGCUGCAAUAUAAGAACCGUCAAUAUUUGCUCGAUGAUAAGAUCUUUCUUAUGGGAGCUCAUGGACUCCUUCCCCCCAAGUACGAAGACUACCCUCAACAAGAGAGCCUUCCGAUAAAAGAACAAGAGCAAGAGCAAGAGGAUGAAGAUGAAGAUGAAGAUGAGACACCUCCUGAUUCUGUUAACAUCAACUUCUUCGAUGAUGUUGCUUAUGCUACCAGUGUUCGACUUAUUGUAAACCACGAGGGAAAGCAUGUGGGCUGUGGCUUUGUUGAGUUUCCUUCUGUUCACCAAGCAAAGAAUGCGCUGGAAAACAAGAAUGGUGAAUUUUUGCACGAUCAUAAGAUUUUUCUUAUGAAAGGUCCUGAUAAAGCUCCUGAUUCUGUUGAGGCAACUGCCGUAAUAGAGAAGACGCUCUAUGUCGCCAAUCUCUCUGACGAAACUGGAAUAUCAGAUAUCAUCAGUUUCUUCAAAGAUGUUGGGGAAGUUGUGCAUGUUCGACUUAUGGUAAACAAGAAGGGCAUGCAUGUGGGUGAUGGCUUUGUUGAGUUUGCUUCUUCUGACGAAGCAAACAAGGCGCUGGAAAACAAGAACGGUGAAUGUUUGCACGAUUGCGAGAUAUUUCUUGAUGUUGUUAAGGCAAAUCGAUACCCUCCAUACCCUCGACGACCCAUGUACGAAGACUACAUUCGACGAGAAACCCUUCUUGUAGAAGAAGACGCGGCAGUGAAAGGACUUGAAGAAACUCCGGAUAAUGUUGAGGAAGUUGCCGCAAGAGAAAAGACGGUCUUUGUUGCCAAUGUCUCUAUGGAAAAAUACGCUCUUGACAUAAAACAUAUCAAUGAAAUCUUCAAAGGUGUUGGGAAAAUUGUUCGUGUUCGACUUAUUGUAGACCACAAGAGUGAGCUUGUGGGUUGUUGCUUUGUUGAGUUCGCUUCUGCUAACGAAGCAAAGAAGGCAGUGCAAUGGAGGGAUGGUAGUAUGGUUUAUGUUAACAUGGCUGAGAUAGCUCCAUACCCUUUCCGUCGCAAGUACAACUUGCACAAGCUUGCAGAGAAGCUUUGGUACGAAGACAACCUUCGACGAGAAGACCUUGGUUUGAUUAACAAAGCGAAGCUGAGGGUACGAAGCUUUUAUUCACCAGGCAUCAGCCGUGGUCAGAAAAAAACCUUCUCCUAUGACGACUGA